AUGGUUUCCCAUUUAGGGAUUGUUAAAAGGAAAUAUUACAAGCCAUCCAAUGCCACCCUCAUUAAUAAAGAUCAUGACAUGCGGUUGAGUUGGGAAGGAGAUGCUGAAUCUAUUGAAAUAAAUGAAACUGAUUACAAUCUCCAACAAUGUGAUUGUGAUUCACCUUCUGAGCAUACCAUUAAUGGUAGAAGAAUUGAUCUCGAGGCUCACUUGAUUCAUAAGAGCAAGAGCGGCAAAUUUGUUGUUAUAAGCAUCAUUUACAAACUCGGACAUGCCGAUUCAUUUUUAACUCAGGGGAUAGUAGAUCCGAGAAUGAGUGAGAUUGGAAAUCACAAAUAUGGUCAAUAA